UUCUUUUCUACAGGUGAGCGUGUUUGUGAGCAGAACGUGGCAAAAGAAACAAGGUCUGAUAGCUGGUGGUAUUGUCGCUACGGUUCACAUGUUGUUCUUAUUAUAUCUUCAUUUUGCUUUUCAUCAAGUCGACACAGGUAAAACUAUGUUUUGUAUUGCUUCAUUCAGCCUCACGGCCCAGUGAUGAUGGUCAACUUUUAAAGAUGUAGAAACUUUUGGAGCAAGAAAAUGAAAUUAAAGUACAAGCGCAAAUAUCGUCAACAAGUUGUGUUCGCACUGCUUGUCCCAAGUUGUCAACAAGUUUGGAACAAACUGUUAACAACUUGUAACAACCUUGGUGAUAUUAUCAGACUUGUUGCAAGGUUGUUCCAGCAAGUCCGAUACAGUCAUGAUUAACAAUAUUGUUACAACCUUGUGUCGUCAACCUUGUAACAUUCUUGUUAUAUCAUGACUGUAUCAGGCUUGUCAGAACAACCUUGUAACAAGUCUGAUAAUGCCAUCAAGUUUGUUACAAGUUGUUAACAGCUUGUUCCAAACUUGUUGCAACAACUGGGAACAAGCAGUGCGAACACAACUUGUCGACAGCUUGUGAACAGAUUUGUAACAACUUGUUCGCAGACCUGUAACAACUUGUGCGUUUUUACAUGUGUACACGCAUAAGAAUCUCCCAACAACUUGUAACAAGCUUGAUGGCAUUAUCAGACUUGUUACAAGGUUGUUCUGACAAGUCUGAUACAGUCAUGAUAAACAAGAACGCGACAAGGUUGACGACACAAGGUUGUAACAAUACUGCUAUAUCACGACUGUAUUGUUCCAACAACUUGUCAACAGGAUGUGUUCGCACUGCUUGUUCCCAGCUUGUUGACAAGUUGUCAACGGCUUGUUGGCAACUUGCUACAAGGUUAUUGAGCUUAACAGACUUGUUACAAGUUGUUCCAACAACAUGUUAUCGUCCUGCAAUUCACCAAUUUGUCAACAAGUUGCGAGUGACAACCUUGUAGCAACUUGAUAAAAUAACAGCAUUGUUACAACUUGUUGACAAGCUUGCCACAAGCCUGUUGCUGACACAUCUUGUUGACAAGUUGUGAGAUUUUUACGUAUGUAACUAUACCUGUCUCUCGUUCAAAAACUAAUCACUGUGGAUUUGCAUGACUGAUGUAACGAGGAUCUUUGUUUGGCUUCUUAGCUUUGAUCUUUGAACAAGAACAACUUAUAAUUGGACAUAAAUAUACAACACAAGUUAUUAUCGGUGAAAAUGUAUUGCCCAGAGAAGCAGGGAGGCCCCAUCAUAGAGUGGCUAGGAGUCUCAAUUCAAGUAAGCGUACGUGUUUGCCCAAGUUUAGAAAUGAUUGAUUCAUUCAUUGAUUGCAUUCAUUGAUUGUAAUUACCAAAUUAAUUAUUGAUGACGUAGUGACGGGUUAUGAUUGAUUUAUGGCUGAUUUUACACUAUCAAAAGUUUCUGUGAUCACAGUAGGAAUUUUGCAUGGGUAAAUUCUAAGUUUUGAAGGAUUUGUAAGAAAUGUUUGAGGAAAUUGACUUAGUGUUUAACGUUAAGUCAAUUCCUUCAAACAUUUUUUACAAAUCCUUCAAACUAAGAAUUUAUCUAUAUGCAAAAUUCCUACUGUGAUCGCAGAAACUUUGAUAGUGUAAACACCAGGCUUCACUGUUGGUUUCCUUCGUUUUUGGCUCAUGACUUAUGAAGAUUUAAGAAAUAUAUUUCUUCUAGGUUUUCCAUCAAUGGCAUUGCCGCAAUAAACCUCGAUACUGACUGAUCAUAAUGCCUUCAUUGUGUAUUUCUGUGCAUGGUUUGUCUCGCGCUAACACAACAUGACGUUCAAAGGAAAGUCGAGAGUUUGACGCACAAAGAACGCGAUCACUGCUGGAGUGAGGUAAACUUUACCUCAUCGAUGACACUGCUUCAGCAUCAUGGACAUAGCUGGACCUCUAAGCCGUUCGGACGAGUUCAAAAUCUCUAAAUAAAUCCAAUAUAGAGGUAGUGAUAAAAAUAUAGUUAGUUCAGGAAGCUUUAGGGGUAAUAUUUAAUAUAGAAAAUAGUCAGCGUUGCAAUUAGGCAAGGGUUUUUAAAAAUAUAUUGAGUGGCGUAAUGUAAAUGAAUUGAGUAGUAUAAUGUAAAUACACCGUAAAAGAACAUAUCAAAAAAUCUAUCUUAUAUUACAAGGUGAAAUAUGGCUGUUUUUGUUCUUCAGUACAUGAGAGCUUGGCUUAUGACAUUUUACGCGAGGAUACAGUGUCCACAUUCUUGGGGAAAUGGUUUUUAAAUGAAUUCGAACGGUCCAUUUCAGCGUAGACAGCGAAAAUAACACCAGAAAGCUUCGGAUUAAUAAGGAUACAACCAGGGGCGUCGGAGCGGCUCUAAAAGUGGGGGGGGGGCACACUAGAGGGACAAAUUUUAAAACUAGAGACUGUAAAGACAACAAAAUGUCGUAAAAAUCUCAAAUUGCUUUGUUUACAUGCAUAACCAUUGUUAAAAAGUGGGAGGGGGCAAAGACAUUCAGGCCCCCCAAGUAAAAAUUGGGGGUCCCUGCCCCCCCCCCCCACUUCUGAUGCCCCUGGAUACAAUUACCUGGAAAAUACAAGGAGAACUUAGACGUUUCUAGCGAAGGCUCUUCGUCAAGACUUCUCCUUGUAUUUUUCAAGUGGUUGAAUAUCCCUUUCAAUCGCAGUUUUUCGGUUUUAAAUUAAUGGGGAAUAUACUAACAUAGCAAUAAUAAAUUUAAAAAUAUAUUUAAACUGAACUAUCCAGACGAAACGAGUUAUAUCUGAUUUUUAUGCACACAUUUUUUCUCAUUUUCUGUAGAAGAAAC